ACCAGCAGCAGCUCCAGACUCUGCUGCAGCCAGAAGGGGUUACUCGCGUUCGAGCUCCGCAGCAAGGCUUAAAUAGCGCCAGUCCCCGGCAAAGGCAGCAUCCCUGGCCCUGAGGAGGACCCAAGGAGGACGAGAUGCCCGCCUUGCUUUCCUCGGAGGCGCUUUCCCCAGAAUUCUCCACCACCGGUGCCUUUGCUCACGAGACCCAGAAUGGGUCAGUUAAUGCAGAGAAGACCCAUCCCAUAUAUGAUGACCUGGGAUCUGGGACAGAUAUGACUGAUGAUGUUUUUGAUGAGACCUACCGUGAGAAAGAGGGCCCCAAGCCUGUCACAAGAUAUGUUUGGAGAAACAUCAUCCUCAUGGCCCUGCUCCACCUUUCUGGACUGUAUUCCAUCUGUCUCAUACCUUCAGCAAAGCCUCUCACCUUGUUGUGGGCACUUUUAUGCUUCGUCUUAAGUGGUCUGGGAAUCACAGCUGGAGCACAUCGGCUUUGGAGUCACCGAUCUUACAAAGCCACCUUGCCUCUUCGAAUAUUCUUAGCCAUUAUUAAUUCCAUGGCUUUCCAGAAUGAUAUUUAUGAGUGGGCUAGAGACCAUCGUGCCCACCACAAAUUCUCUGAAACAGAUGCAGAUCCUCACAAUGCAAGUCGUGGCUUUUUCUUCUCUCAUAUUGGUUGGUUGCUGGUGCGGAAACAUCCUGAUGUCAUAGAAAAGGGAAAAAAGCUAGAUCUCUCUGAUCUGAAGUCUGACAAAGUUGUUAUGUUCCAGAGAAGGUAUUACAAGGCUUCUGUGGUGAUCAUGUGCUUCUUGAUACCUUCGUUUGUGCCUUGGUACUACUGGGGAGAAUCUUUUUACAACAGCUUCUUAAUAGCUGCCAUCCUCCGCUACACAGUGAUCCUCAAUGCCACAUGGCUGGUGAACAGUGCGGCCCACAUGUAUGGCAACCGGCCCUAUGAUAAGCACAUCAAUCCCAGGGAAAACCACUUUGUUGUAUUUGGAGCCUUAGGUGAAGGCUUCCACAACUAUCACCAUACUUUCCCCUUUGAUUACUCAACCAGUGAAUUUGGUGCACGAUGGAAUUUCACAACAGGUUUCAUUGAUUUUAUGCGUUAUCUCGGUUUGGCCAGUGAUUGUAAGAAAGUGUCCAAGGAGAUCAUCUUAUCUCGUAAAAUUCGGACCGGAGAUGGUAGUCACAAGACUGGUUGAAGUUAUGCGUCCCUCACUUCCCUUGCUCUCCUCCUUUUUCUUGUUCAAACAACCUGGGCAUAAGUUACAUGUUCUGUUUACUAAUUACCAAGCAAUGCUUUCAGGAUGCUCAAAGUCAUGACUAACCAAUCCCAGUACUGUAUUUUGAAACAAUAAUGUCUGUAAGGCCUGUAACAUUCCAUUGACUAUUCUAGGAUGCUGCGUAUCUUUGUCUUUCAUUCUGUAUCUUUUCUGUCUUUGCUCUAUUUCAUGCUCAUGGUUGGUUGGUCUGUUUGUCUCAGUCUAUCUUUCUGUAUGCUUGUGUCUCUCAAUGCAGCAUUAUAAACUGUUUAAGUCUCCUCUCCCAUGGCUUCCCUGAUAAGAGGGAGAUUACAGUGUUGCACCAAAGUAAGGACUCCCAUUUCCAGAAACAGCAUAAACACAUUUGACUGUCCUACUCCUUGCCUCUUUAAGCUUUGAUGAAAAGAGGGGGAGCUCUCCUAUCUUCUAUUAUUAUUAUUAUUAGAAAUAGAAGUAAAAUAAUAGACUCACGGAGUUAGAAGAGACCACAAGGGCCAUCUAGUCCAACCCCCUGCCAUGCAGGAACACACAAUCAAAGCACCACUGACAGAAGGCCAUCCAGCCUCUGUUUAAAAACCUCUAGUAGUUGUAGUAGUAGUACUAGUACUAGUAGCAGCAGCAGAGAAACUGUGUGUUGGAUCUCUGUAUGUGGUUUGAAUCUUCUUUGAUGACUGAGAAAGAAAGAUUUAAAGGCUAGGGGUGGAGAGGGAAAGGAGAACAUCUUUAAAUAAGGAUAGCAACCAAGGCUACAAGUCAGACCCAGAAUUAAGAGGCUAAUUUUAUUAGCUGGAGCUAGGACAGCUUUCUUCCACCAUUAUUGCUCUAAUAUCAUGAUUGCUGUUUCCUACACCUUGCCACUAACCUUGAAACCAAGAAGUCUAUACAGGAUUCUGAGACCCCUGUAUAGCAAAUCAGAACAAGGGAAAAAAGAGAUGCUUUAAGGGUAAAAAUAAAUGCACCAAAGGGACUCUUCCUAAAAGAAAGGAAGUGGAAGGGACUGGAGGGAUUUAAACCAAAGCUGCAUCUCAAGCUGCUUUAUGUGCUGAAGGAAUGAGUUUUCCUUUAGAUGAAGUGAUUUAUUUGCUGGUAUAUGUAACAACACAUUCAUUCUUUUCGGCAUAACAUGGCAGUUGAAGCCCACGCUCUGCCCUCCAAGGGUCAACUAAGGCCAAAGGGCUAGGAAAUAGCUACAUUUCCCUUUGGAGGAGCUUUACAAUGUUUUUGGAAGAUCUAGGCAAUUUUCAGUUCUAUCAUUUCUCCUCCCCUCCCUUUAUCAGCUUGUAAGGCAGCAACUGCACUGCCACUCUAGCUUUCAUUUCAGCAUUUCUUUCCAUCUUGCAAAUACUUGGGCAGAAAAUAUGGUUCUCCUCACCUCAUUUCCUUACCAGAGACCACCUGAAAGGCAGAGGCUGCUAAUAGGUCAUUACCAUUUGACCUGAUGUAAUGAAGGACACUGAUUUUGGCCAAUAGGUUAUCAGAAGAUAAUUUUUGCAGAUGCAGCUUAUUUAAAAUAUUAUAUCACAUUAGUUUUCUUCAUUAGUACACCCCUGUGUGUUGUUCAAGAUGGGAAAUGUUGUGCCUGCAAAAUCCUUUCUGCUUACUAUCUAGUACUACUGUCAAUUACUGUGUUUGAAGCAAUGUAAAAUUCUAGAUCAAAUAUAACAUAUUGAUUUUUCCAACAGUAUGAAUAGCAGGAUUAAAGAGAAGCUAGUAUUUGCUCUUGAUCCAGUGAGUUCUGAGAGUUCUAGAGUAAGAUGUAAGGCUUCAUAUUUUAUUCAACAGGAGAACAAUUCAUAGCUGAAAUACUGACACAGUCAUUUCCUCAGUUUAUGUUAGCUGGAUAAGGAAAGGAUUCUAACUAAGGCUGCUGCCACACUUCAGAAAUGAAGCAUAUUGACACCACUUUAACGACUGUGACUCAAUACUUUGGAAUUCUGGGAUUUAUAGUUUUAUAAGAUAUUUAACCUUCCCUGUGAGAGCUCUUGGGUGCCUCACCAAACUACAAAUCCCAGAAUUUUGUAGCUUUGAGCCAUAGAAGUUAAAGCAAUGUCAAACUGCUUUAUUUCUGCAGUGUGGCGGCAGCCUAUGUCCCUUCACACCAAUAUCCAGCUGGCAUAGUGCAGUUCUUGGACUGUUCUGCACUGUGCAUCAGUUUAUUUAAAUUUGAAUUGUUUAUAAGUUAAGCUAAACAACAACAACAACAAUCAAAAUCCAACCCAAGAGGAAAUGAAACACAGUUACAGCCUGUCUAAAGAUCUCCUCUUUGUUUUGAAAAGCCAUUUGUGCUGUAUUAAAGAAUUAAGUUUUAUAGACCAAGCACAACCCUGUGUAUAUAUGUUCAGAAAUAAAUAUUAUUAUGUCUAGUGGGGCUUGUUCAUUAAAUUUAAGAUUUCAGCCUAAUGAACUGGGUAAGAAAAAAAAACAGCCUUUCUUUGUUUCACCAUAUCAUUGUGGUGCAGAAUGAAAGGCCGUGUACAACGUUUCUCUCCUUCCAUCCAACACAGUUCUUUAAUUUCUAUCACAGGCUCUGUCUUGUAAUUUAUAAACCUCAGGAGCUGUGUACCUUAGAAUACAAGCUGAGGAAAGGGACAAACCUAAGGAGGGGGAAUAAACUACCUUGCCACUUCUGUCAUCAUUUUCAUCUUGUGCAAACCUUCUGAAGGGGAGGGCCUGCACAUGCGCAGAAAACUGAGUGGAAACGUGCAAAAUGGAAGCUAGGUUAUGUUUGUUCCUCUUUCUUGGGUUUUAUUCUACUUAGUUUCAGUAAUAUCCGAAGAAGGAUUUUUGUGUUUAACUAUAUCCUGAGUAACCCUUAUUAAGAUCCACUACUUGAAAUCAAGUAGACUUGGCACCAAAGGUGAGUGUUUUGAUCCAAGUGAAAGCAGGGUCAUAACAACCCAGUUAGCCAAAUAUUGAUUGUAUCACCUGAGGCACUUCAUCAUUUUUAGAGAGGAAUAUAAGGAAGUGAAAAACCGUCGUGCGCUUUGCUUAUUUCACUUGAGCAGCUUGGUAUGUGGUGAAGCUAUGACCUCAGGUAGCCUUGACUCUCCUGUACAAACUUUAUUUUUCUUUUCUUAAGUAUCAUUUUAGAGAGCCACCUGAAGAAGUGGGGUGGGGGAGACAGUUUUGCUGAGUGCUACUUUAGGCCUCUACACACAUUACAGGUUUAGCUGUGUGGUUAACGUUAGGUACACAUCUAAAAGUGUAAAGUGUAAAGUGUGAAUAGGACAGAAAAGUUUUUUGAAGACAUGUACUUCAUUCAGGUAUUCAUGUCAAAAGGCCAGAACUGGCUAAAUUUUCAUCUCCAGUAUACACUUAAUGGCAAUGAGAAUGCCACUAUGUAGUGGGUGAAGCAGCCCUCAUUCUCAUGGAGGUUGUUCAGGAGAGAUUCAUAGAGUACGUUUUCCUCCUCACUCCACAAAUGUGCACUGAAUGUGAUACUGGUAUUGAAUAUUCAUAUCCUGGAAUCUACAGACUCUGAUUUCACAAGUAGCUUGGCUGUUCCUAUCUGUGACAAUGCCAAGUUAAAAACUGGGUGGUUUGCCCCUCUCAAAUAUCAGACUACCUAUAAGAUAUGUAAAUUAAUGCUUCCUCCAAACUGGUCCUGGAAAAAAUAUGGGCCAGCAAUAAUGAAUAAGAAUAAUAACAGCACCCCCCAUAAUCAUAAUGGACCUCUCACACAAAUACACAUGAGCACUGUUGACUCAGGUGUUAAGUUUGUAUACUCAAUACAGACUGAAUCCAAAUGUUUGGAUGUAAGGUGUAAAAAUAAGUUACCAAACUGUUCCCAGACUUUUUUAGUUUACGGGCAACUAUUUUGAUGUGCCUUAAUCUUCUCUUUAACAUACAUAGGAGUAUCAAGAGCUCUUUGCAGUAUUUUACUUUCACCUGUUCUAAAUUAUUUCUGAAGAAACUUUCAAGAGGUAUUUUUAUAUUAAUUAUUCACUUGUGUUAAACUGUGGGUACAGGGGUGUGUAUAUAAUAAUAUUUUUUAAGUGUAGUUGUUAAAUUAAGGAAUGGUUGUAUCAUUUCAGUAGGGCCUUGUUUGCUUUUCCUUAGUGUGUAGUGUAAAUUAUAUCUAGGAUGUUUUACCCUGCUCUGGGUUCUUCCAGUGGAGGCUUUGAGUUUCGAUUGAUCCUACCACAUUUUUCUUUUAAGUGAGAGUUCAGACAGACUUGUCAUCCAUUUGUAAUCUUACCAGGUUUUCUUUUUCUUUCUUGUUUUGUUUCCACACACACAAAAUCCACUAAGGGGAAAAAAAUAGAAAAGCUGUACAAUGCCUUUUCAUUAGUAGUACCCUCAGAGGCAUCUGUCUGGAAGCAUCCUCAGGGUUUUGCUUGAAUGUUGUGGGUAUGAAGUAGAGCAGUCAAUUGAAGCAAGCAGCCUGGAAAUUGGGAAUUGGGGAUUUCUGGUCCGAGUUGCUUAGAUUCCUUGUAAGAGCAAUAGACAAGUCCUUUCUGUUCUCUUCUGCCUGUAUUUCCUUAUGUGUAAAAGGACAAAGCUCCCCCAGCAAACUCCAACCUUUUAAAGUACUAAUGUAGCAUAACUAUUACACAGCCUGAUGUUUCAAGAUGUGAGGCAUUCUGUUGCUGAUGACUUUGGUAUUAAGUCGGCUUACAUCGUUGUACUUCCCCUUAACUGGCUCAUGAGUCAAAUUGAGCAUUUGUUAGUAAUAUUCAAGUAGCAGUAACACUGAUAAGCAAUCAAGCUGCAGAAAACAAGAAUUGUUUGAAUCUGGAAAACCAAAUACCCGGAGAGUAGAGACUGUGAAAAUUAAUGUGAUUUGGCUAAGCUCUGAUGCUCUUGAAGUGUGUGUAGAAUCUUUGUUUGCUUUUCCAUUUCUAAUAUUUUCAUGUUUUAUGUACUGAAAAAUGAUUUCUUCUAAUAUUGAGCUGAAUGUCUGGUCAUGCUGAUCUCAACUUUCCCCCCCUGUUUAUAAUAAAAAGGUUGAUUUUUCAAAUUUGA